GCGCUCCCCUCCUCCCCGCGGCCGCACUCACCCGCUCCGGAAUCGGCCCGGUCGCCCCUGCCCGCGCUCCACAGCCGGCUGAGAACGGCGGCGGCGCGGGCUCCACGUGCAGCGUCUCUCCGGGUAAGACCUGCCGCUCCCGAGACUCCAAGUGUGAGGCCCCCGGGCCCUUCCCGCGGAAUCGGCGCCGAGCAACUCCAACCCCCCUCCCGCCUCCCAGGCACCCCCGGGUCCGGGACUACAACUCCCAGCAGGGUGUGCGAAACAACGCCCAAGGCAACGGAGGCUCACGAGGCCCAAGGAAGCACAACGCCCCGAUCCGCUUUGUUUUACAUAGUCUCAGUUUCCCCGCACAGUCAUACACCUCAACAACCCGAAAGAACAGGACGCUGACACAGAGGGGAGCUUGAACUAGGGGACAAGCCAGUCACAGUGAGCAUGCGCAAAAGCAAGGUGUCAAGGAGGAAAACGAGCGGGUCAGGUUAGGCGAAGAAAAGAUGGCGGAAGCUUCGCCAGGGGACCCGGAAGCACUUACCCUCCACUUCCUCCUCCUGUUUGGCUUCUGUCUCACCUAGAGCUGUCCGGUCGCAGACUGUCUCCGAGACGCUUCCUGUCCGGUGAGUGUCGACCGACUGAAACGGUGGCCCAUAAUGCAUUGCGAUGGCGGGUAGGCGUGUGGGGGGCGGGGCCAGGGCCGGAAGUAGAUCGGUGGCGGCGGCGGUGGCUUUGGCAGCUCGGGACUGAGUGCAAGGAAUAUGCACCGACUGCAGAGGCAGCGAAGGGACUAACCUUUGGCUGAAUCGCCAUGGUUCUUCAGAGGCUCUUCAGAUUCUCCUCUGUCAUUCGGUCAGCAAUCUCAGUCCAUUUGCAGAGGAACAUUGGUGUUACAGCAGUGGCAUUUAAUAAGGAACUUGAUCCUGUACAGAAACUCUUCGUGGACAAGAUUAAAGAAUACAAAUCUAAGAGACAGGCAUCUGGAGGACCUGUUGAUACUGGCCCAGAGUAUCAGCAAGACCUAGAAAGGGAGCUGUUUAAGCUUAAGCAAAUGUAUGGUAAAGGAGACAUGAAUACGUUCCCUAACUUCAAAUUUGAAGAUCCCAAAUUUGAAGUCAUCGAUAAACCUCAGGCCUGAAGAAAUUAAAAUUAAUAAUGGAUUAGUUGUAUAACUCGUCAGAAAUUUCAGGAAAAAAACAUACAUUUCACAAUUCCAAAUAAAUUAUUUGGUGAUGUUGAGUGUAUUGUA